GUUGAGGGAAGUGCCUUUUUGCAGCAGGGCCCAAUGCAUGCAAGUUUCUUCCAUGGAACAGCUGCAGAUCCUAGGCUGAGUUUCUUCUUUGGAGUUUUGAAUAAAAUGGCAGGCAAGUAGAUCAGGGCACCUGCAUUUGCCAUGGAUUUCAGCUCAUUGGCUUAGCCUAACAGUUGCUUUGUGCUGUCGUAUGAGGAGGAGAGGGAUUGCCUCUGCCUUGGCUGGUGGGGUGGAGGAAGGGUGCUGCCUUCCUGCUGGUGGCUUUAACUGGGAAUUUAGAGCCAGUGGCACGGAUGGAAACAUGUAUAGAGAGAAGGAAGCGGAAAGAAGUUGUGAUGUGGGAAUGAUGCAUUGGUUGUACAAAAAAGUGUAGUAACAAAGUGUGUUUUCCAGAGGUUGGUAGGGUAGGAAGUAAAUUUUCAGUGGUUUCUGAGCAGUUUGGAUGUGGAGUCUUUUGGCAGAAGACUGUUUGAUACCAAACUGUGUUCUUGGUAUGAGUGUAACUCGUGUGCUCUGGUUUCGUAUGAAAAUCACAGAGAUUUUGAGGCUUGUUCUCAGCUUACACACUUCUCACUUCUGCUGAUGGGCCUUAUGGCUUUUAACAGCCAUUUACACUAUUGGAACCAUUUUAUAGUGAAUUCUUUGGAGUGUCCCUCCACUUGUUCCUCUGCUGCUCAAUAGAUCAUGGAAGCUGAGCUUUCCAUAGCAGAGGAGCUGUGACUGGAAUUGUGCAUUGAGGCAUUGCACAACACUGCUCUAGGAGCAGUGAGAAAGAUUUUUAUUUCGCUUGAUUAUUAAAUCAAUUUACCCCUUCCAGAUUCACUAUAAAUUGUUCUGCUAUGAAUCUGAGCUUCAGAGAAGCCCAUACUGAUGCCAUUGCGCAUAGAUCAUUGCAUUCUAAUCUUGCAUGUCUUUUGGCGAAGCUUUCUUUUAUUAAUUUAUAUUUUCUUUCUUGCUGCAGUUUUUUCUCCUUAUUUUUCUAUUGUAGGAUCUGGAAUUUCUCCCCUUGAAGAUGACGAAGAUGCAUAUGCACGCAGUAGAUAUAAAGAAACACCAUGGUGCUCUCCCAUUAAGGUGAAACAUGGUUAUGCAAACUGCAGGACACCUCAAGGGGAAUAUUACAAGAAUGUACUGGGGACAAGAUGUGAUAUUCGUUGUCAGAAAGGCUAUGAACUGCAUGGCCCUCAGCAGCUCAUCUGUCAGUCAAGCAAACGCUGGUCUGGGAAAGUACUGUGCAAACAGAAGCGCUGCCCCACGCUCUCCAUGCCAACCAAUGGGGGCUUCAAGUGCUUGGAUGGUGCCUACUUUGGCUCCAGGUGUGAGUACUACUGCUCACCAGGGUACCAGCUGAAAGGCGACCGCAUAGUGACAUGCAUGGACAGCAAAGCUUGGAGCGGCCGGCCAGCUUCCUGCGUGGAUACAGAGCCUCCGAGAAUCCAGUGUCCAAGCGUGAAGGAGAAAACUGCGGAGCCCAACAAGUUGACGGCCAGAGUAUUCUGGGAUACCCCGGAGGGAAGGGACACCGCUGAUGGCAUUUUGACAGAUGUUAUUUUGAAAGGCCUGCCACCAGGGUCACAUUUUCCAGAAGGCGACCACAAAAUCCAGUAUACUGUGUAUGACAGAGCUGAAAAUAAGGGCACUUGCAAAUUCCUUGUUAAAGUCAGAGUCAGGCGCUGUGUGAAGUUAAAUGCUCCAGAUAAUGGCUACAUCAAGUGUUCAGGUGACGGAAAUAACUAUGGUGCUAUGUGUGAAUUUUCCUGCAUUGGAGGCUAUGAGCUACAAGGCAGCCCAGCUAGAGUGUGCCAGUACAAUUUGGGGUGGUCAGGUGUGGAGCCAACCUGUGCACCCAUGAAUAUUAAUGUGAAUGUGAGGACUGCAGCUGCACUUCUGGAUCAAUUUUAUGAGAAGCGGAGACUGCUAAUUAUUUCAACUCCUACUGCAGCCAACUUCUUCUACAGGAUGCAGUUGGGAAUGCUGCAGCCAGCACAGUGUGGCUUAGACCUCCGACAUGUUACUGUGGUUGAGUUGGUUGGUAUCUUCCCAGCUCAGAUAGGAAGAAUAGGUGUAAAGCUGCUGCCCCCUUCACUUGCACUGCAGCUCAGGCUGUUGCUGAGGAUCCCUCAUUAUAAUUUCAACAUUGUUGUGAUGGACAAGCAUGGAAUGGACAAGGAACGCUACCCAUUCCCAGCAACACCAGCUGAGCUCUUUGCACUUAUUGACAAUUUUCCCUUGAGAAAAGAAGAGAUGAAACUGCAAGCAGAAAUCGGCCAGUCAUGUCCUUAAUUCAGAAUUACAGGGCUAGCAUUUUGUCAGUGAAUUUUUUACCCAGAUAAUUCUUCCCUCGGUGCUACAGAAAGCAUGGCUUUUUAAUCACUGAUGUACAGAGUUGUUGUGUGUAUCAUUAUGUCUGUGUAGCUGCUCUGCAUGGGCGUAUGCAUGAUGCUUUUUUGUACUUUCAAAGAGUAUCUUUAGAGAAAUGUGUACGUAGGAUUACUACCCAAUAGAACUUCUUGUACAGACAUCAAAGAAUUGAGGUACGUCUCCUGGGGUUUAUUUUGGAUUUUUCAUUCAGUGUAAAAUUCUUUCUUCCGUUUUAUAAGUCUUUUAUUAAUAAAAUAUUGUUUUGCAAAGAAA